AUGGCGUCAAAGUUAUGUGAAGGUAAAAGGUUGUUACUACUGCUUAUGGGGGCUAUCCUAAUCCUGCCGCAUAGUACUACAGUUCAUGGGGCCAGUGCUGGGAACUUCAGCCUAGCUCUGCCCAAUUGCCCAGAGAAGUGUGGCAACAUGAGCAUCCCUUACCCGUUCGGCAUUGGGAAAGACAGCCUAGGCAAAGACUGCUUCCUGAAGAAAGAUUUUGAAGUCAUAUGCAAUACCAGCCAGCAAGCUCCAACUAUCUAUAUCAAUACGGGGGGAGGAUCAGUACCGUACUCCAAGGUGUUGAAUUUCAGUCUUCUUGAUGGUGAGGCACGCAUUCAGAAUACAAUACACUGGAGCUGCAAAUACCAGAACAGCAGCAAUAUCAAGAAGAAUGAAUACCCAGCAUUAUCACUAAAUCUCGGGAAUUCUUUGAAGGUUUCCUACACUAAGAACAAAUUUACAGCAAUCGGGUGUGCAACCAUUGCAAACAUAGUGGGUUCUACGGAUGAAAUCAUUGAUUUAAACAACUUGCACUACACCAGCGCUUGUUCAUCGUUCUGCGACAGUGAUUUGAGAAUCAGUAGGGGCCCCAACUGUGAUGGCUUGGGUUGUUGUCAGACUUCACUUCCACCACGUCUGUCGGCCUUCUAUUUCGGAUUUUUUUACUACGAUGAUUUACUAAAUAAUCCCUCCGCCCAAGGUUUCAGCCCUUGCAGCUACGCAUUCGUCGUCGAGGUCAGCGAAUUCAAAUUCGACCGUUCCUAUGCUGAAUAUUCAAAUUUCCAGAAACAAGACGGUGUCCCUUUGGUCCUUGAUUGGAGUGUUGGUUCUGAAACUUGCGAGGAAGCCAAGAAGAACUCAUCAUCUUUUGCCUGUCGUGCCUUGAACAGUGUAUGCAUCAACGCGACAAAUGGUUCAGGGUACCGCUGCAUCUGCUCUCAAGGUUACCAAGGCAAUCCCUACCUAGACGAAGGGUGCCAAGACAUCAAUGAGUGUGAUGACCCAUCUAUAUAUCCUUGCAUUAAUGGUAACUGCAUCAACACCAUUGGGAGCUACAAUUGUUCAUGCCCAGGAGGAACUGAGAGCAAGGAUCCCAAGAAUAUAGCCUGCACUCCAGUUUCUGACACGAACAAGCAGCCUCAAGUGAAGGUGGUCAUAGGUGUUUCUGUCAGCUUCGUAUUCCUCAUCGUUUGUAUCUCUUCUCUGCUGAUCAUGUGUCAAAAAAGGAAAUUAGCGAAAGAAAAGGAGACGUUCUUCAGACAAAAUGGUGGUCCUAUACUAUACCAAAACAUCCUCAAUAAAAGAAUUGACACAGUGAGAAUAUUCACAAUAGAAGAUUUGAAAAAGGCGACAAGCAAUUUUGACAGAAGCAGAGAACUAGGCAAAGGAGGCCACGGCACUGUGUACAAGGGCAUUCUAGAGGACAACAAGGAAGUUGCCGUGAAGCGCUCAAAGAACACGAAUCUAAUGCAAACCGAAGAAUUUGUGCAGGAGAUUAUUAUACUUUCACAGGUCAACCAUAAAAACGUGAUCAGGCUUCUAGGUUGCUGCUUGGAAGUUGAAGUGCCCAUCUUGGUGUAUGAAUUCAUCCCAAAUGGAACUCUCUUUCAAUUGAUCCAUGAGAACCACGACAGGCAACCUGUUUCUUUAGAAGACCGUCUUAGGAUCGCUCAAGAAUCUGCUGAAGCAUUGGAGUAUCUACAUCUUUCCAUCAACCGUCCUAUUGUUCAUGGAGAUGUGAAGUCUCUCAACAUUCUUUUGGACAACAACUGCAUGGCAAAAGUGACGGACUUUGGGGCAUCAAGGAUGCUUCCUAAGGAUGCAGUUCAGUUCAUGACAAUGGUGCAAGGAACUAUAGGUUACCUAGAUCCUGAGUACUUGCAAGAGCGAAAACUAACAGAGAAAAGCGAUGUUUAUAGCUUCGGAGUCGUGCUUCUAGAGUUGAUCACAAGGAAGACGGCGAUAUAUUUCGAAGGCGACGAGAUGGGAAAAAACCUCGCAACAUCGUUCCUGAAAGCGCUAAAGGAUGACAGAGUGCAAAGUAUGUUGGACACUAGCAUAAUGUAUGCUGGAACAGAGGAAUUGUUCCAGGAGGUUGCUGAGCUUGCUAGCCAGUGCUUGAGUAUGAAAGGGAGCGAGAGGCCUUCCAUGACCCAAGUGGCUGACAAGCUGAAGGCUAUACGAAGUACCUGGAGUGGUAUACUGUUGCUGAAGCAUGAAGAAACUCAGCGUCUUGCUGAGCAACUGGGCACGGAUUCGGUUGUUGGUGAACUAUCCCCUAGCAUGUACUGGACGGCAAGACAUCUGGGGUUGGAUAUUGAGACACCACGUGUAGAUCAUGCUGGUAGUACCAACAUGCUAUAA